GUUUUUAAAAUCUUUACCUCGAAGUCCCGUGCCGGUUGUUCGGUGGGAGUGUCUUGUUUAGAUAUUUUCAUUUAUGUACAGAUUACGUGAAAGUUACGUAUUCAUUUCUGUGUCUUUGUUGUUUAUGAAAGUUUACCUUCAAUUUAUUGUGUACAAGUGACAUCAAUGUUACUAUUCCAGAAGAAAUGGCUGAUAAAAUUAAUCCUUCAUUUCCAAUUGGUAUCAAAAUAGAGGAAGAGGAGAAAAUCUAUUACGGUGGCCACGUCCACGUGAAACAAGAAGAGCUCAUUUUAGACGAAGAACCCAAGAUUGCUAUCAAAGAAGAAGAAGAAGAGGAAGCUGAAAAUAAUUAUGGUGGCCGUGUCAAUGUGAAACAGGAAGAGCUACUUAUCUCUGACGAAGAAUCCACGGUUGUUAUUAAAGAAGAAGAUGAGGAACCGAAGAUUGAUUAUGAUGAGCUCAAUCAACAAGAAGAACUGCCUCUUCCUGAUCAUGGUAUCAUGGAUACUAGCAUAAGCAGUGAGAAGUCCCAUCCAUGUCCACACUGUGAUCAUAAAUUUGUUACACUUCAAGAAUUGAAAAACCAUAUUACAGCUCUUCAUUCACUUGAGAGAUCUCAUCAUUGUCCUUAUUGUAAUUAUAAAUCUACUAAAGCUCAAUAUUUGAAAAGACAUAUAAUUUCUCGUCAUACAGAUGAUAAGCCUCAUCAUUGUCCUCAUUGCAACUAUAAAUCAGUUACUCUUCGAGAAGUAAAAACACAUAUAAUGGUCCAUCAUACAGGUGAGAAGCCUCAUCAAUGCCCUCAUUGUGAUUAUAAAUGCGUUAAACAACCAGUAUUGAAAAAUCAUAUAAGGGCCCGUCAUACCGGUGAAAAGCCUCAUCACUGUAAUCAAUGUGACCAUAAAUCUACUACAUCUAAAGAAUUGAAAAGACAUAUAAUGGCCCGCCAUACCGGUGAGAAGCCUUAUCAAUGUCCUGAUUGUGAAUAUAAAUCUGUUACACAUCAAGAAUUAAAAAAUCAUAUAAUGGCUCGUCAUUCGCUCGAGAAGCCACAUCAAUGUUCUCACUGUAAUUAUAAAUCUAUUACAUCUAAAGAAUUGAAAAGACACAUAAUGACUCGUCAUACUGGCGAGAGGCCCCAUCACUGCCCUGAUUGUGACUAUAAAUCUGUUACAUCUCAAGGAUUGAAAAACCAUAUAAUGGCUCGUCAUAAACUUGAGAAGCCUCACCAAUGUCCUCAUUGUGGUUAUAAAUCAGUGCUAUCUGGUAAUAUGAAAAGACACAUCAUAGCCCUUCAUACAGGUGAGAGGCCUUAUAAGUGUCCUCACUGUGAACAUAAAUAUAUUACAGCUCAUGAUUUGAAAGUCCAUACGAUGGUCCGUCAUACUGGUGAAAGACCUUACCAAUGUUCUCAAUGUGCCUUUAAAUCUGUUUCCGUUCGAGAUUUAAAAAUGCAUAUCAUGGCGCGUCAUACACUUGAGAAGCCGCAUCAAUGCCCUCAUUGCGACUAUAAAUCAGUUACACUUCAAACAUUAAAAAAACAUAUCAUGGUGCAUCAUACAGGUGAGAGACCCCUUAAUUGUCCUUAUUGUGACAGUAAAUAUUUUACACCUCUAGAUUUGAAUAGACAUAUGAUGGCUCGUCACACGGGUGAGAAGCCCCAUAACUGUUCUGUCUGUGACCAUAAAUUUAUUACACCUCUUGAAUUGAAAAGACAUACAAUGGUCCGUCAUACAGGUGAGAAGCCUCAUAAGUGUUCUCAUUGUGAAUAUAAAUCUGUUACAACUCAAAGUUUAAAAAGACAUAUAAUGGUCCACCAUACAGGUGAGAGACCUCACAAUUGUCCUCAUUGUGCACAUAAAUCUUUAACCUCUCUUGAAUUGAAAAGACAUAUAAUGGCCCGUCACACAGGCGAAAAGCCUUAUCAAUGCCCUCAUUGUAACUAUAAAUCUGUUACACCUCAAGAAGUAAAAAAACAUAUAAUGGCACGUCAUACAUUUGAGAAGCCUCAUCACUGUCAGCAAUGUAGCUAUAAAUCUGUUACCCUUCAAGAUUUGAAGAGACAUGUAAUGGCUCGUCAUACGGGACUGAAACCUUAUCAAUGUCCUCAUUGUGAUCAUAAAUCUGUUACAUCUACAACUUUAAAAAGACAUAUAAUGGCCCGACAUACACUUGAAGAGCUUCAUCAAUGUCCUCAUUGUGAUUAUAAAUCUAUUGCACCUCUGGGGUUAAAAAAUCAUAUAAUGGCUCAUCACCCAGAUGAGAAACAUUAUUAUUGCCAUCAUUGUGACUAUGCAUCUAUUUCUUUUCUAAAAUUAAAAAAGCAUAUAAUGGGUCAUCAUACAGGUGAAAAGCCUUAUUAAUCUGUCCACUUUGACCAUUUAUUUCAUUUCAAGAUUUGAAAAUUCAUUUAAAAGCUAAUUAUUUAGCUGAAACAAUUAUUCAAAGUGGAUUAUAAAUAAUGAUCCAGGCUAAAAGUAUUGGAU